UGUUAGCUCAGGUGCCAAUCCUUAAAGAAAAAGAAAUUCAUGACCCAUUAAAAAUGAUAAUCUCUGUCCUUUUUGUAUUUUGUGAUGCAAAGACCAUAGGUUCCUUUCUGUUUUCCAAAUAUAAACUAUAAUGUUGAGCGUGCCUCUUCUUAGAACUAAGCCCCCCCUCCCCCAUUAAGAAUUGCUGUCCAAGACCCCGAAAACCUAAAGCUAUGGUGUUAACCCAUGGGAACUGCAGCUCCCGCCAGGCCAGGGCCUGAGCUCACGGGGCCUCAGAGACUGUCCUUCAGCCUCUGGUCACCUGGCCACACAAAAGAGGUGGGCAGCAGAGCAGGCGCUGCUCCAGGGAACGAGGAGGGACUUCUCUGGCAUAUAAUUAGUUUCUAGCCCCACAGGGUCUUAUGUGUGAGAAGUGUGAACAGAGUGAGCAAUAAUAAAACUCGCUCCAGGGAGCCCGGUUCUAGCUGGGGAAAUAGGAACAGGCUGUUCAACCAGCAACAAACAGCCCUGCUGUACACAGUUGCCCUGGCACACUCACAUGGUCCAACAGCCUAGCUCGCCCUCCCUCCAGCCUCGUGCAGAGACGCACGCACGCCCCGGCUUGGAGCGGUGCCGACGGCGGGCUGACACCACCACUGGACGCCCCAGCUCUCACCCUGUGCUCCUCCGUCCCCUCCGCCAGGGAGCGCACUGCCUCUUGAAGACCCAACUCUGAGGGCUGCACUCAGUGGCCCACAAAAGUUCUGACUGUGCCAUUCACUGGCCCUUCCCCAGGGGAGGGAGGGGAGCUGAGACAAGUGGGAUGCUUGUCCUGCUGUGGCCACCAAGCGAAACUCUUGGAUGGCUAAUAAUGAGCAGGCACUGUCCCUGCCCCGCCUCCUGCUGGGCCCUUCGCUCUUCCUCCCUAGCCCUCUGAGCUCCUCCCUUCGGUCUCUGGCCCAUUUCUGUGUGCAGGCUGUGGCCCCUCCCUCCCCGCCCACGCCCUGUCUCCCCAGGCCCUCUGCCUUCCCUAUCACAGGCAGUCGUCCCUGUGCCUUUGUUCUCUCCUGUGUCCUGUGAGCUCCUCAAGUGCAGAGAACAUGGCUUUGCUUUCCUUGUGACUGGUACCCACAGAGGAGCUCUGCACACACAGGGCGCCUACUGGCCCUGCGACACCCCCACCAGUCCCGCCUGUGCCCCUGCCCUACACUAACCCUGUGUUCUCCAUCCAAGGGCUUGCCUGGGCCCCUGGUCUCCAUGUCGCUGCACAGUGUCAACCCCCGGAUGCCUUCUUACAGCUUCUCUGGCUUUUCGUCAGUACCUCCCUGCCUCUGUCCACAUGCUGGGCCCCUGCUGGAGCAGGGACUGGUAGGAUCCAGAGGAAGGAGGCCCAUCCCCACCCCUAGAGAAGUAGGACGCAUGCUCACUGGGUAAUGGCUUCUGUCUGAGAGAAGUCCCAUGCUGGGGAGAGGUGCUGUGGUGUGUGAAGGUCCCCUCGGAAAGGUUUUGGAGGGUGAGGAUUUGACAUUGCUGCUUAGGAGAGCCCUGGGGUGUGACCAGAGGAGCCCUGUCUUCUCUCCUUCCAGCCCCUAGAGACCCAGGAUUUAGCACCCAAGGGGGGAGAGUCCAAGGUGAAGUUCACAUGGGAGCCUCUUAAUCACUGUGGAUCUCUCACGUUGGGUGGGAUGAACGAGGCUGCAUGCUCUUUCUGGGAGGUUGAAGGUCUCACCUGGAGCAUAUGCUAAGGUCCCAGAAAGAGUCUAGCUCUGGAGCAUCUUUCCUUGUGGCCUAGGAGCCUUGUUUCUCCCAGGAGACCCGUCCCUAUGAUACAGACGUGUCAAUGAAGACCAGAGGAAAAGCACAGCUGUUGGCAGUUGCAGAGCUGGUCAGGACAGAGCUGGGGGGCGCUGGAGGCCCUGACUCCUCUCCACCACCAGCCCAAAUUCUCGUGGCGCAAGCUCUCCACUCCCCUUCUUGGUGGGCGAACUGGGCGUUGCUGAGUGCUGUCCUAUUGGUGACACUGAGUAGAGGAGGACAGUCUCAAUGGCUCCCUACUUCCCCCUGUUCCUCAACAUUCCUGCUGUGUCAUCUUCUGUCUCUCUCUUUGGUGUUCGGUUGACCUGUUCUCUGCUUUUCUUCCUUCUGACCGCGUGAGGACCCCUCCUCUGGACAGGAGCUCUCUUCUGGGUUCCCGCCUGCCGUGCCUGUUUGCGGCCGCCAACUAGGUGACUGUGUGCUGGGUGCAGGAGGCUGGGGCCAGUUCCACGCAAUGCGUCUCCCCACAGGCCGAGCACGCCGGGGUCCGCACCUAUUUCUUCAGUGCCGAGAGCCCUGAGGAGCAGGAGGCCUGGAUCCAGGCCAUGGGGGAGGCUGCCCGAGUACAGAUCCCCCCGGCCCAGAAGUCGGUGCCCCAAGCUGCACGUCACAACCAUGAGAAGCCAGACUCAGAGAACAUCCCACCCAGCAAACACCACCACCAGCCACCCCUCAACUGCCUCCCCAAGCCUGAACCGGAGCCCAAGACUCGAGGGGAGGGUGAUGGCCGAGGCUGUGAAAAGGCAGAGAGGAGGUCCGAGAGGCCCGACGUCAAGAGUGAGCCUCUGGUGAAAGCCAACGGCCUCCAGCCUGGACCGGAACCAGCCUCAGAGCCAGGCAGCCCUUACCCUGAGGGCCCAAGGGUCCAAGGGGGUGGGGAGCGGCCCACCCAGCCCAAUGGCUGGCAGUACAGCUCCCCAAGCCGGCCAGGGAGCACAGCUUUCCCGCCUCAGGACUCAGAGAGUGGGGGACAGCGGCAGAGCUUCCCCCCACGUGCCAACCCCGACAAAAUCGCCCAGCGCAAGAGCUCCAUGAACCAGCUUCAGCAGUGGGUGAACCUGCGCCGAGGGGUGCCCCCACCUGAAGACCUUCGGAGCCCCUCUAGGUUCUACCCUGUGACCCGCAGGGUCCCCGAGUAUUAUGGCCCCUACUCCUCCCAAUACCCUGACGAUUACCAGUACUACCCACCGGGGGUGCGGCCGGACAGCAUCUGCUCAAUGCCAGCCUACGAUCGGAUCAGCCCGCCCUGGGCCCUGGAGGACAAGCGCCACUCCUUCCGCAAUGGAGGUGGCCCCGCCUUCCAGCUGCGCGAGUGGAAGGAGCCCGCCGGCUAUGGGCGGCAGGACAGCACUGUUUGGAUCCCCAGCCCCUCCCGGCAGCCAGUCUAUUAUGAUGAGCUGGAUGCCACCUCUGGCUCCCUGCGCCACCUGUCCUUGCAGCCCCGUUCCCACUCUGUGCCCCGCUCUCCCGGCCAGGGCUCCUGCAACCGUGCCCGCAUUUACUCCCCCGUCCGCUCACCCAGUGCCCGUUUUGAGCGACUGCCACCUCGCAGUGAGGACAUCUAUGCUGACCCCGCUGCCUAUGUGAUGAGGCGAUCCAUCAGCUCCCCCAAGUAUGAUUACCUGGGAGACAGGCGGCCAGUCCCUGCAGGACUGUUCCCCUACAACUACCCGCCAUCCCCCACGGUCCACGAUAAGAUGAUGAGUGAGAGCGAGACUCUCAUCAGUAUGGUGAACCGCAUGGUGGAAAACUCCUCCCCCAGGGCCCAGCUCUUCAUGCAAGUCCCUCCGUACCCAGAAGUGUUCCGGGACAGCCUCCACACCUACAAGUUAAAUGAGCAAGACACAGACAAGCUGCUGGGCAAAUUAUGUGAGCAGAACAAGGUGGUGAGGGAGCAGGACCGGCUGGUGCAGCAACUCCGAGCUGAGAAGGAAAGCCUGGAAAGUGCCUUGAUGGGGACCCACCAGGAACUGGAGAUGUUUGGGAGCCAGCCUGCAUACCCGGAGAAGCUGCUGCACAAGAAGGAAGCGCUGCAGAAUCAGCUCAUCAACAUCCGGGUGGAACUGUCUCAGGCGACCACGGCCCUGACGAACAGCACUGUGGAGUAUGAAAACCUCGAGUCGGAGGUCUCUGCCCUGCACGACGACCUCUGGGAGCAGCUCAAUCUGGACAUCCAGAAUGAGGUGCUCAACCGGCAAAUCCAGAAGGAGAUCUGGAGGAUACAGGAUGUGCUGGAGGGGCUGCGGAAGAAUAACCCAUCCCGGGGCACAGACACGGCCAAGCACAGAGGAGGCCUCGGCCCCUCUGCAACCUGCAGCUCCAACAGCCCCGCCAGCCCCCUCAGCUCCGCCAGCCUCACCAGCCCCCUGAGCCCCUUCUCACUGGUGUCUGGCUCUCAGGGGUCCCCCACCAAGCCUGGGUCCAGUGAGGAACCUGGCCCGCCACGGCCUCCCCUCCCCAAAGCCUACGUCCCCAUGGAGUCUCCUCCUACCGUGCCUCCACUCCCUAGUGAGAGCCGCUUCUGGCCAUACCCCAACUCCCCUUCCUGGCACCACAGUGGCGAGACAGCCAGGGGUCAGCCCAAAGCAAGCUAUGAUCAAAACAAGAAAGACCCCCACCAGACAUCAACCCUGGACCCUUCUGGAGACAUCAGCCUUGUGCCCACCAGGCAAGAGGUGGAGGCAGAGAAGCAGGCAGCUCUCAACAAAGUUGGCAUUGUGCCUCCACGGACAAAGUCACCCACUGAUGAAGAGGUGACCCCUUCAAGGGUGGUGAAGAGGAGUGCCAGUGGGCUCACUAAUGGACUCACCCCCCGACAGGAGCGCCCCAAGAGUGCUGUGUUCCCUGGCGAGGGCAAGGUCAAGAUGAGCGUGGAGGAGCAGAUUGACCGCAUGCGGCGGCACCAGAGCGGCUCGGUGAAGGAGAAGCGGAGGAGCCUGCAGCUCCCGGCCAGCCCAGCCCCCGACCCCACUGCUCGGCCCGCCUACAAAGUGGUGCGCCGUCACCGCAGCAUCCAUGAGGUGGACAUCUCCAACCUGGAGGCAGCCCUGCGGGCAGAGGAGCCUGGUGGGCAGGCCUACGAGACACCGCGGGAGGAAAUCGCCCGGCUUCGCAAAAUGGAGCUGGAGCCGCAGCACUAUGAAGUGGACAUCAGUAAGGAGCUCUCCACCCCAGACAAAGUCCUCAUCCCCGAACGGUACAUUGACCUGGAGCCUGACACCCCCCUGAGCCCUGAAGAGCUGAAGGAGAAGCAGAAGAAGGUGGAAAGGAUCAAGACACUCAUUGCCAAGUCCAGUAUGCAGAACGUGGUGCCCAUCGGCGAGGGGGACCUUGUGGACGUGCCCCAGGACUCAGAGAGCCAGCUCCAGGAGCAGGAAAAGCGGAUUGAAAUCUCCUGUGCCCUGGCGACCGAGGCCUCCCGCAGGGGCCGCAUGCUGUCUGUGCAAUGUGCCACCCCCAGCCCCCCCCCCCCCCCCGCUUCCCCGACUCCACCAGCCAACCCCCCAUCGUCUGAAUCCCCACGGGGCGCCGACAGCAGCCAUACCAUGCGGGUCUGAGCUCUGACUGCAAGCCCUGGCCGAGGCCAACGCUGUGAAGCUCCACAGAGCCACGUUCUGAAGCCCUCUUCUGCCCACCUGAGGUUCUGGUUCCCACUCUGGCCCCCUCCCCCUGUGCUCCCUUGGGAAUGCCGCAGGGAGCCGGGCUGGGGGCCAGCGGUUGCUGCGUAGAGGAGCACGGAUCCCUCAGUGUCCACACACCCACCACACCCGGCCUGGAGCCCUCACUACUCAGACGGUUGUCCUGGGCUAGGGCCUGAGAUGGCGGGUAGGGAGCAACGUCCUCUCUAGUACCCAAGUCACAAGGAGCCUGGGUUUGGCUCUGGCUGGGCCUGUGGUGGCCCCACUGGAACAUUCCCUGAUGGAGAAGAUGCCGUGGUGAGGAACACGCCCUGGGCUAUCUUAGGUUGGAACUAGAGGUGAAGAGAAGAUGAACACUCGGCCUCUUCUGGCCCUUCUUGACACCGAGGACAGCACCUGCCUUCAUCCCCUUCCCUUAUCAACCCCACCCCACUACCCUAGCUCUACCCAGGGCUUUGACACAUCUCUGCUAUGGGUGCUCCUUUGGGGUCCAGUGGAGACUGACCACCCUGAUUGAGCCAAAGACAAGAGGACGAGAGAGGGGAGAGGCUCCUCAGCUCCCAGGGGGCAGUGCUGGCUGUGCAUAGAGAGCAGCAGGUCUGUGCAGUGUCCGAGGGGAGGUUGCGAAGGGUAGCAGAGAGAAAGGGAGAGAUCCAAGGAAAGCAGGAAGCAAAGGAAGUAGCGGGACUUAUUUGCAAGCAAGAGGAAGAGAGAGACGGGAAGGGACUAUGGGAUUGGUUUCUCCUGGGUGGAGCCUUAGCUUAGUGCCAAGUCCAGUGCCAGGCUGUCAGCUCUGUGCCUCUUACCUCGCCCCCUGCAUCAGCGGGGCCCCAGGAGGCCCUGCCAGCAAGCACACAGUAGCCUUCACCUGAGGCGCUUGGUGUGGGGAUGGGGUCAGGGGUGAAGAAGUUGGGUAGGACAGCCUGGGAGAAAGGUGGGUCUUUGUAGGUCUGGGCCUGGUGUCUGCCCCCGCCUCCUGUGGUCAAGGGCAGAGAGAAGGACCUGUUUUAUGUAGGGUGUGGUCAGCCUUGGGCCUUUCCUAACCAUUUUUGUGAUAUUUCCUUGGCCCCCAUCCUCCUCAGUGUGCUGUGGGCCAGCUGAGAGUGUGCCCCAGGGAGAGGGAAUGUGGCCUUAAUCUGCGAGGCCAGAUUCCAGGACCUGACCCUGCAUGCCAGGCCUCCCAGCUGAGGACCAGUGAGGCUGCUGGAGGACUCCCUUCUAGCUUGGCGCUCUCACAAUCCACCUACCCAGGGAGGCCGAUGGAGGAGACACAGAAGCAAAACUCAUUCUUCCUCUGCUCCACCCACCUUGAGAUGAAUGUAGCCAGAGAGGAUGGCGGAGAGAGAGACAAGCUGAAAAAAACCUUGGCUCCCAGGCCUUCUCUUUGCCAGAGCAACUGCCUGGAGAUUUCAGCCUUACCUCCUGCAGCCCCUAGAACAACUGCUGUAUCUUCCACCAGUUCUUCUCCACUCCGUCAUGGCUGGGACGGUUACGGGUUCAUAUGCAAGUAAAGAUGACAGUUCAUUCAACAAAUAUUUCUGAAGCACCUUUUAUGUACCAGGCACUGUUCUGGGUGCUUAGGAUAGUCUCAUGCUUCCAAGGGGUUACGGUCUGGGGCUUCCACUUAUCGUCACUUCUAGCAGGUCUUUUGAACAGGACCCUUGGCUACAUUUCCCAUCUUUAGCACAGCAAGUCCCUCAAACCUGUCCUUUCUCCCCCAUAGACUUGCAGGUAGGAUUGGCUCCCAAGUAACCCUCUCCUCUCUUUCCCCACACCUGUCUCCAUCCACAGGAAAUGAAUGUUUCAGGGCCUUCCAAGCCUUCCCCUUUCUUUGUCUGUCUCUCCUUUUUUACAUGAUACUUUUAGAAAUAUAUGUAAAAUGUCUGCUCCUGCCACCUCCCAUCUCCUCUUUCAUAAAGCUGGCUCUUUAUGUUGCUUCACAUGCCUUAAUAUAUGUUGUAUGGAGAUUACACAGAUUGUAGAUGUGUGUGUAAUACGUAAAUGUGUUUGGAUGUCUGAUUUGUUCCUAGAACUCCUGCCCAGGCCUGCUUUCUCUCCUUUACUUUCCAACCAUUCCUAGCAUGUUGCAGCCAUACUCCAUGCCUUUUGAUCCAAAGAAGGGGAGAGGAAAGACUUAUUUUAAGACAGAUGUAUUUUACGCUUUUGUUAUAAAAGCAAGUCUAUUUUCAAAAUGUACAAUGUCUGAAUGGAAUUGGCAAAUGACAUGAGGAGACUGGAGUGGCUGCCUCUAGGUCCAGCUGUGUGCCCUUCCCUCUGCACCGGCAGCUUCCUUCCUCCCGUUCUGUGUCUGCAAAGGGCUGGUUCCCAGAGCUUACCUGGAGAGCAUCUUGCCAGGGCAGGACAUUCUCUUGGAAGUCCCGGUCUAAGGAUUUUAUAACACUGUCAACCCUUGAUGACCCUCUAGAGUCAUGAGAUGUUAAUCCUUUUGAAGGAAAUGUUUACAGUUGUGUGCACAAAAGUACACCCAUGCUGUCACCCCCCCCAAGAUGUGCUCCUGCACCCCCUCCCCUCAUCACCCUGAUGGACAGGGCGGACAGUUUAAUGGCAGCCUAUGCUAAACAGCACCAAGAGUUCUACUCCUUCAUGGACCCAGGAUGUGGUGCAAAGGCCAAUAGAAAUGGUUUGGGAUCGUGGAUCCUUAAGUGCAAAUGUGUUCGAAUUCCAGGACUUCUCACGCUCCUUUCCACUUGAUUCUCUCUUGUCUGGGUCACACCUAUGGCAUCCGUCCUGCUCUGUGACCUUUCCUCUGGGGGCUGUUGUUAUAGGGAUGACCUUGGUCUGGCAUCCAGACUGCAAAGUCAGCUUCUGGGCUAAGGAGGGUCCCAUGGACAGUGUAGCAUCUCAGCCUUGCCCAAGAAACCCCCAGGACUUUCCUCUGGCAGGCUGCCUCCCGCUGGGGUGCUGAAGUAAACCAGCUCAGCCUUCCAGACUGCUCGUCAAUUGUGACGUGGGCAAGGGGCUUUUGCCUUGUGAGGAUUUGGGCAGAUUGGAAGUCUUUUGUCCAGAUCUGGAGUCAGAGGUUUCAGAAUCUUGCCCAGAGCUCCUAGCCAGCAUUUGAAGGCUGAUCUCCCAACUUUGGCGUUUACUGGUACCCUAUUCCCAGCCUAGAGCAUCUUACUAUGAAUGAAUGGGGCCCAGAUGGAGGCCCAGGGCUAAGUAAUCCACCUGGGGACAGCUGUGGGUACUAAUCUAGGGCCUUCCCAAUUAGCACAUUACCCCCCUGACCAAUAACCAAGAGGCUGUAAUCAAAUAUUGCUGCUGUCACUUUAAAGAUUCUCUGAGGUCGGAGCUGAGCACGCUUGCUGUCCUGCCUGGGGGAGAGGCGUGUUCCCGGGCAGGGUUGCCUGUGGCUCAGUGGGGUCGGCUCCCCGUUAGGUCCCCACCAGGCAGCUCUUAAAACUAAGGGAAAAUAUGAAAUAUACAUAUAUAUAUAUAUAUAUAUAUAUACACACACACAUAUCUAUUUAUGCACAUAUUGGGGCCAACUUGAUUUGCUAGUAUUAGACAAUAAACCAUACAAGGAAAUGUAUGAUUUCAGUGUCUUUAUUUAGUAUAAAAGUGACCUUAGAAGAAGAGUUAAGUUAGGUAAACAGAGGGCCUCUGUGUCAGGGGACCAUGCAGCUGCAGCAGCCCCUUGGCAUCCUUCUUGCCCACGAGCCUCCCGGGGGGGCGUCGUACCUGACAGGUGAGAGUGCACAGCCCCUCUCGGCAGCAUCCUUUCCAGGUCUAGGAACUGAAGAAUCCCAGUGAGCUCUGCGUUUGUAUCUUGCAAGUUUGUAUAAACCCAAUACAGGAAAUAAAAUGAA